UCGGUGGAAGUGAACUGCUUGAAUGCAGCUAUUGAUUGAGAAGUGAGUGACUUGCCGAUUUGGAAACUUCAAACUCCAUCCACGGAUUCUGCCGAUUCCUCCGAUUCAUCCUUGGAACCUUUUGUUCGGACCGAUCUUUGGUAGCUCCUUCGCCCACAUCAUUCAUUAUGUUUCGGAAUCAAUACGAUAGCGACGUGACGACUUGGUCGCCCCAGGGUCGUCUCCACCAAGUGGAAUAUGCCAUGGAGGCCGUCAAGCAAGGCUCGGCUACGGUCGGGCUCAAGAACGCCCAUCACGCCGUGUUGGUGGCCUUCAAACGACGCCCGUCUGAGCUGGCCGCUCAUCAGAAGAAGAUUUUGACCAUUGACGAUCAUGUGGGCGUGUCGUUCGCCGGAUUAACGGCCGACGCCAAGACGUUGGGCCGUUGGAUGCGAACCCAAUGUCUGCACGCCAGGUAUUUCCACAAUGCGCCAUUGCGUUUGGCCAAGAUGUCCACGGAGUUGGGCAACAAGAUGCAACUCUGCAUUCAGGGCUACAACAAGCGUCCGUACGGCGUGGGCAUGCUCAUGGCCGGAUACGACGAGCAAGGGCCGUGUAUCAUUCAAAUCUGCCCCUCGGCCAAUUUCUAUCCCUGCCAAGCCAUGGCCAUUGGAGCCCGCUCCCAAAGUGCCCGAACUUACUUGGAAAAGCAUCUGAACGAAUUCAAGACCUGCGAUCUCGAAGAGUUGGUCAAGCAUGGCCUGCGAGCUCUACGCGAUACCCUGCCCAACGAGGUGGAUUUGACCAAGGAGAACGUGUCGAUCGCUAUUGUCGGUCAAAAUUUGGAUUUUGUGGUGCACGAGAACGCCGCCGUCGAGCCGUACUUGUCGAGUAUCGAGGGUGAGGAACGCCGGGGUGGAGCGGCACAACCGCAAGACGACGAACCCGCCGCGCCCUCCGAUGACGCUCCCGCAGCGGGCGAGGCUGAAACCAUGGAAACCGAGUGAGCUCGGCCCAUGCCCUAAUGGCGAUGGGCUGGCGGGGCCCAUUCUUUUCCAUCAUUAUCCCGAACCACAACCCCAAUACAUAUUUUAUGCCUACGA